UUGUAAAUCGAUAUUCGCUGGUGUGGUGAUCGCCACUGAUCUGUGUACUAACUGAUGUUAUUUAAAGUCAGCCCUAUUACUUGUUGAAAGAAGGAAGGCAAUUUUAUCGCAAGCGGUUUUGGUAUGAUGCAAUGAACCUGUGCAUUUUCCUUGGGGCUGCAUAUAUAUGACGCUACCUCAUGUUAACUGCAUCUUACGAUUAAUUGGGCGCAUGAGAUUGAGCACUGCCUAAAAAAGGUGCGAUGCAUGUGUACGGAGACGACGAACACCCGGUGCACGCGUGGAACGCCGUUGACGUCCUGGUCGAUGGACUCCUGCAGCACGGCGAAGUGAUUGGCGUCGCCAAUGGCGGCCUGAUCAUUGAUUUCCGCUGUGCUGCACAGCGCGCGCAGUUCGUCGAGUACGGCCGUAUCUUCCGUUUCAGCGACGAAUACGAUUUCGUAUUCACAGCAUAUGUGAUGCAGAUUUUGCUGCGUCGCCCGAUCGACGGUGCGUGGAUCUGGUACCCGGGGGAGGUUUCCUGCCUUACGAGCUAUAUCAAUGAGGCUUUUGAAUACGUGAAGGUGCAAUUACCCCACGGGAGGGUCUUGGAGCUGGUUCCCUACGGCCAGCUGCGCCCCCCGCCCACGGACAAGGAAUAUGAAGGUAGCCGCGUGAUGGAGGAUGAUUUUGUGGUCCGAUGUUGUCGUCUGCCGGAGGUCUGUUGCUCAGGCGGAUCGCAGUUAGUGAAAGAGCUGUUUAAGUGGCACCUGACGCGACGCUUCCCCAUCGUGUGUAUCGCAUUCUCCUCGUGCACUCAAACACUAGACUAUCUGCAGCGUCAGGAUGCCAGUCCCUUGAAGGCCCAUCAAGUGGAAAGCGUUUACGCCUGGGCGCAAACAGAAGAGGCCAGUGGCUGCACGUCAACGGCAGCGCAAAAGAUAUUUCGUCUGGUUCGCCCAGCGAACAUCCAUGCAGCCGGUGUGACGGAUCCUACUGACGGCGCUGAUGAAGCGCGCCUGCUGCUACCAGUUGAACUGCUGGUGGAGGUUUUCCAGUCGCUGGACUCCAUCGACCGCUUUCGCUGCCGUCGUGUCUGUCCCCUGUGGAACGACAUUCUUACCACGGACGCGUACUUCUCCGAUGUGCGCGUGUCGCGUGAAGACGCGGAUUAUGGCGGUGUCAGCCAUGUGAUAGUGCGUAUGGGCACGGCUGACUUGUUCUGGCUACCAGCGUGCUUGCUGAAGUGCCUUAACAGCACUACGAAAAUGGUAGUUAUUACCAAGCUACCCUUACAUAGGUGCUUUCACACACGCAACCUAAUCAACGAUAUCCUGAAAAGAAACCGCAUACGGGCGCUCGUAUUGAGUGACUGCCGUUUCGGCGAGGGAAUGCAGUUUGUCUGGGUUCUCGACAACUUGGCUGAGUUGAUUAUGGAAAUCCGGCAGUGCAAUACCGUCAUACUGAAAAACUGCAGUGUCGGCGAUGAGAAUCUACGGGCCGUUGUAGCACAGCACGCAUUCAGCAAUCCGAUGUCGCAGGAAGAGGUCUUGUGGCAACUGUGGGAUCUCUGCGAAAGUUGUCUGGUUCUCAAGAAACCGUUGGUUGGAUCGGCACUGGCGGAAAGGAUUGCUGAAUGUGCUGGGCACAAACGGGACGUAAAGAUGGGCGACAAGAUUGUGGAGGUCCUCAACUAUUACCAGAGUUUGGAUCCCCGCCCGACCACGCACUACCGCCAGCGGGAGUGGACGGUAUCCACCUUGUCCGAGCUCGAUGUCGGCAAGCUAACGGUGCUGACUAUGACCGCUCUAGGUAAACGCAUGGAUCCAGCCAAAUGAAAAGACAUACGGAUUGCCUCCAUAUUUGUCGCUUCUUGCUCAGUUCCUGAUUUGUCGGACGGCAAUUUUUUCUAUAUAUAGACGGGCAUCCAGUAGAAUUCUCGAACUGCUUCCACAAGCUUCGGUGUUUAGGUUUCUAAUUUCUCAUUCAACGAUCCUGGCAGAUUCCGGGCCCGGAUGGCAUAUCAGAAGUCUUUUUUUGCAGUUAUGCCUUUUUCUAUAGAUUUUUCUUGUUUUAA